AAGGAGGUCGUAAUGGCAGCCCCGGAGCCGGAAGUGUUGUCCCCGGCCGCAGUCCCUGAUUUGGAGUGGUAUGAGGAGUCGGAGGAAACCCACGCCCCCCAGAUAGAACUGCUUGAGACUACCUCUGCCCAGGAACCUCCCAACCCUUCGGAGUCUUUUUGUCCCCGAGACUGCCUGGUGCCGGUGGUGUUUCCCGGGCCUGUUAGCCGGGAAGGCUGCUGUCGAUUUACUUGUGAACUUCUAAAGCAUGUCAUGUACCAACGCCAGCAACUCCCUCUGCCCUAUGAACAGCUUAAGCACUUCUACCGAAAAUCUUCUUCCCAGGUAGAGGACAUGGUGAAGAAGAAACCUUGGGCCACCGCUGAGGCAAGCAACAGGAAAUGCCAACAAACCCUGGCAGAACUGGAGAGUGUCCUCAGUCACCUAGAGGGUCUCUUUGCCCGGACACUAGUGCCGCGAGUGCUGAUCCUUCUUGGGGGCAGUGUUCUAAAUCCAAAGGAAUUCUAUGAGCUUGACUUAUCCCGCUUGGCCCCCAACAGCAUGGACCAGAGCCUGAGCACAGCAGCUUGUUUGCGCCGUAUCUUCCGAGCCAUUUUUAUGGCUGAUGCCUUCAGUGAGCUGCAGGCUCCUCCGCUCAUGGGCACCAUUGUCAUGGCACAGGGGCAUCGUGACUGUGGAGAAGAUUGGUUUCGACCAAAGCUAAACUACAGAGUGCCCAUACGGGGCCACAAACUGACUGUGACCCUGUCCUGUGGCAGACCCUCCAUCCCAGUAACGGCCUGGGAAGAUUACAUUUGGUUCCAGGCACCGGUGACAUUGAAAGGCUUUCACGAGUGAAUGGUGAUGCUUCUUAAUCAUGAACACAAUGGCUAAAUUACUUUUCCUUCUGUGGCACCAAGUCACCCAUCUUUUGCUUGGAAGUAUAAUUGCUUCGUGAUGAGAGGAAGGUGCUGUCCUGGCUUCCUGCUUUCCGUCCACAGACUUCCCGGUGGGCUGAUGGUGUGACUGGGAUUGUAAUAAUCAUCAUUGAACAACAUCUCUUUGAAUCAAGGGUUGAUUUUCCCAGAGGGUGCUGGACAGACUUUUCUGUUUGGGGUUGGAGAACAAAUGUGGGCCUAUAGACACGAUUAUGGAGGUGUCCCUUUUCUGUGGCUUUUCAGAAUUUUUACCUGGAAUAUAAUGUGGGUGUAACUCAUGAACUUCAAUAUAAAGAAUGAAUUGAUAUUAAAUUUUCCUGAAACUCUUGGCUUAAAGAGACUUUCCAGGCUUGAGGCUAAGAGUAUUUUGUCUUUUUCCUUGGUCUCUUUAUUUCUUAUUUUUUUUUUCUAGUGGCUCUUUCUCUUAAUCAGCCCUAGGCUAGUCUGGGAAGUUAAGUGACUUGGCCAAGGUUCUGUAAUGGUUUGGUGUCAGUUGGGACUAGAGUCCUCAUUAGCUAACUCCUAGCCCGAUGUUCUUUCCUUUCACAUACUGGACAUACUGUUCAUUUCUUUUUUUUUUUUUUUUUAAAGAUUUUACUUAUUUAUUUUUAGAGAGGAGAUGGGAGGGAGAAAGGGUGAGAAACAUCAAUGUGUGGUUGCCUCUUGAGCGCCCCCUCCUGGGGUCCUGGGUCUGCAACCCAGGCAUGUUCCCUGAUUGGGAAUCCAACCAGCGACCCAUUGGUUCACAGUCCAGAGCUCAAUCCACUGAGCCACACCAGCUAGAGCUAUAUCCUGGUUUUGUUAUCCUUAAAAUGUGUGCCCAAAGCAGAGGUCACUCAAGGGAAUGGGGGGGCUGAAAAAAGAAAACAGAGGGCCUUUGUAAAUGUUGAUUGAAUUGUAGGCUGAGACCCCAGGCCUGCCUUGUGGGAUCAGCUCCCUGAGGCCAAAUGUCCCUUCUGAAAUUCAGCCCUUCCUGUGCCAUUGCAGUUGUCUGAUGGUUAUUGGUGGUUACUUUUGUUCUUAGGCAAACCCUACCUUCUUACCUGAGGCAAUUCCUAAGCUGCAUCUCUGACUGAGCUAUCCUGAUUCUUACUGUUAUCCUCUCUGAUGCUGUUCUGACCACUAAGGAUUAAUACUCUUUGUCCCUAAGAACACCUGUUUAUUUCUUGGAAGUAAGUUGAAUACCUAAUCUUCACCCUGCUGGUGUUGGAGUGAGGAGUAUCUCUAUAAAUGGGGACAGUAUAAAUAUAUACUAUUUAUUUUUAUGUUUUAAGAAUUUUUAUGUUAAGAAAACAUUAAAAAAAAUUAGCUCUGGAUGGGUAGCUCAAUUCGUUAGAGCAGUGUCUCUAUAUGCCUAUGUUGUAGAUUUGAUCUCCAGUCAGGGUACAUAUAAAAAAAUCAACCAAUGAAUGUAUGAAAAAAUAAGUAGGACAACAAAUUGGUA